AUGAAAUCCCUUACUGCUGUCGACAGCAGGCAAGAGCUGUCACCUACUCCAGCUUCAUCUUGCAGUGAUGGAGAUAAUGCCCUCAACACCUCUUAUGAGCAACUCUCUCAUCUCUAUGGUCUGGAUUCGAGUCGCAUCGAAGCUAUCAAACCAUGCACACCCUUCCAACUUGACAUGAUCGACUGCACUACGUUUGAUAAGAAGUCUGCUAUCGGUCAUGCGGUGUAUGAUGUCCCAACCGACAUCGACAUCUCUCGUUUCACGCUUGCGUGGAAGGAGAUCGUCAACCAAACCCCAGCCUUGCGAGCUUUUGUCUUCACUUCGAACUCUGGAAAGUCCUGUCAAGUCAUCCUGAAAGAUAACUUUGUCUUCUCAUGGAUGUGUUGGUCUUCUUCGAGCUUCCCAUAUGAAGUGGUUCGGGAUGAAGCUGCCGCCGCCGCAUCUGGGCCACGCUGCAACCGCUUCGUUCUGCUCGAAGACAUGCAGACAAAGAAACGUCAGCUGGUCUGGACCUUCAGUCAUGCUUUUGUCGGCAACGCUUUCCAAAAGCGGGUUCUUGGCCGUGUUCUCGCGGCUUACAAGCAUGGGAAGGACACACCUCGGCCUGAGACCCCCGACUCUUCUGAUGCCACUGACACUGACUCUCAGUCAGCCUCUGUGGAGUCAAUGAGCUUCGAAGAUAAUGCAACAUCGGCGACUCAAUUCUGGCAGACUCACCUCAACAAUCUUGGUGCUUCCGUCUUUCCUCAUUUGUCUGACCACUUGAUGUUACCCAACCCGAUUGAGUCAACAGAGCAUCGUAUCACAUUCCCCCUUUCGCAGAAAACACCAUCCAGCACUGUCAUUUGUCGUGCUGCACUCUCUAUUCUCCUCUCAUACUACACUCACUCUGAUGAGGCUCUGUUUGGUGUGGUCACUGAACAAUGUAUUACAUUUGGCAAGCAUUGCUUGACAGAUGGUUCAUACCAAACAGUCGCACCUCUUCGCGUACACUGCGAGUCAGAUCUGCCUGUAUCGGAUAUCAUGGAUGCAAUCUCUUCUUAUGAUGAUCACCUCGGCCAUCUCGCACCAUUUGGUCUUCGCGACAUUCGUAACACUGGGGAUGAUGGCUCUGCCGCCUGCGAUUUCCAAACUGUUUUACUUGUCACGGAUGGUAGCCAAGUAAACAAUGGUGUCAACGGUUUCCUCCAACAGACAACAGAGCCGAGUCAUUUCAUGCCUUGCAACAACCGUGCUCUCCUUCUGCAUUGUCAGAUGGAAAGCAACGGAGCUCUGCUGGUUGCUCACUAUGACCGCAAUGUCAUUGAUUCGCUUGAAACAAAGCGUCUACUAGAGCAACUUGGUCACCUGAUCAAUUAUUUGUAUAGUUCUUCAGACUUAGGAUCUAUGGCUGAUAUCAACUUGAUGACUGAGUAUGACUGCGCAGAGAUUCAAAUGUGGAACUCGCAGCCGUUGGAGGUACAGAAUACCCUGAUACACCAUGAGAUGUUGAAGACUGUUUCUCAUUCUCCCACUAAGACUGCCAUUCAAGCAUGGGACGGCGAAUGGACUUAUUCUGAGCUUGACAAUAUCUCGUCACGUCUCGCGACACAUAUCACGUCACUUGGUCUUGGAGCUCAGCAAGCCAUCAUUCCUAUCUAUUUUGAGAAGUCCAAAUGGGUCAUCGCCUCAAUGUUGGCUGUUCUCAAGUCUGGCAAUGCUUUCACUCUCAUUGAUCCCAACGAUCCGCCAGCUCGAACUGCCCAGGUCGUCUCACAGACUCGGGCGACAGUAGCGCUGACCUCCAAGCUACAUCGUGAGACUGUACAGAAGCUUACAGGUCGCUGCGUUGUGGUUGACGACGAGCUUCUGCAAUCAGUUCCUGCCAGCGCCGAUUUCUCAACCACUAUCAAAUCGCAAGAUCUGGCCUACGUGAUCUUCACUUCUGGUAGCACGGGCGACCCGAAAGGCAUCAUGAUUGAACAUCGAGCCUUCUCAUCUUGCGCACUCAAGUUCGGUGCUUCUCUAGGCAUCAGUUCUGACACUCGUGCCUUGCAAUUCGGAACUCAUGCUUUUGGCGCAUGUCUUCUCGAGAUCAUGACCACUCUCAUUCACGGCGGUUGUGUCUGCAUUCCCUCCGACGAUGAUCGUAUGAACAAUAUCCCGUCCUUCAUCAAUCGAUAUAACGUCAACUGGAUGAUGGCGACACCGUCGUAUAUGGGAACAUUUGCACCUGAAGACGUUCCUGGCCUUGCGACAUUGGUACUAGUUGGGGAGCAGAUGUCUGCUUCAGUCAACGCAAUCUGGGCCCCCAAGGUCCAACUCUUGAACGGAUACGGACAGAGUGAGAGUUCCUCAAUCUGCUUCGCCUCCAAGAUGUCUGCCGAACCCAACAACAUGGGAAGAGCUGUUGGAGCUCACUCAUGGGUCAUUGAUCCGAACGACAUCAAUCGGCUAGUCCCGAUUGGAGCUGUAGGAGAGCUUGUCAUUGAGAGUCCAGGCAUUGCCCGCGAUUACAUCGUUCCUCCUCCUCCAGAAAAGUCGCCCUUCUUCACAAACAUUCCGUCCUGGUAUUCAUCGGGUAUUCUUCCCGAUGGAGUCAAGUUCUACAGGACAGGAGACCUUGCAAGAUACGCCUCUGAUGGGUCUAUAGUUUGUCUUGGGCGCAUGGACUCGCAGGUCAAGAUCCGAGGACAGCGCGUUGAGUUGGGUGCCAUUGAAACCCACCUUCGACGUCAGAUGCCUGAUGACUUGACAAUCGUGGUUGAAGCUACCAAGCGAUCACAGUCUGUGAACAGCACAGCGUUGAUAGCAUUCCUGAUAGGGUCUUCUUGCUUUGACAACAAACCCUUGGAUGCUUACAUUCUGGACCACGAUGCUGCCAAAGUCAUCAACAUGAAGCUGGAGCAGGUGUUGCCUCGACAUUCUAUCCCUUCGUUCUACAUCUGCAUGCUGGAACUUCCACGUACUGCCACCGGGAAGAUCGACAGGAGACGACUUCGAAUGUUGGGCAAUGAUAUCUUGGAUGAACAAACCCAAGGGACUAUUGUUCAACAAACACCCGCUCCUAUUCCGGUUGUCGCAGAUACAGCAGCCAAGCUCUACAGUAUUUGGGUACAGAGUUUGGCUAUCGAUCCAGCCGCCGUCAAUAUCGGGGCAACUUUCUUCGAACUAGGAGGAAACUCCAUCACUGCUAUCAAGAUGGUGAACAUGGCGAGGUCUGCUGGUAUGGACCUCAAGGUCUCUGAUAUCUACCAGAACCCAACACUUGCGAGACUUUCCGCGGUGAUCAAGGGCGACCCUCUGUCCUACACCCUCAUCCCCAAGUCAACUCAUGAUGGCCCAAUAGAGCAGUCUUAUUCACAAGGCCGACUAUGGUUCCUGGAUCAAUUGGACGUCGGUAGUCUGUGGUAUCUGAUACCAUAUGCCGUGAAAAUGCGCGGGCCUAUCAAUGUGGAUGCGCUACGUCGGGCUCUUGCAGCACUCGAACAGCGACACGAGACUCUUCGAACGACAUUUGAAGACCAGGAUGGCGUCGGUGUACAGAUUGUGCACGAGAAUCUUUCCAAAGAGGUGAAGGUUAUCGAUCUCAGUGACUCAGACCUUGAUCCUUUUGAGGUAUUGAACCAAGAGCAGACUACUCCCUUCAACCUCUCAUCUGAAGCUGGAUGGAGAGCGACGCUUUUGCGACUCGGUGAGGAUGAACAUAUCCUCACCAUUGUCAUGCAUCACAUCAUCUCAGAUGGUUGGUCAAUUGAUGUCUUGCGACGCGAUCUCAACCAGCUCUACUCAGCUGCGCUCAAGGACUCGAAAGACCCGCUGUCAGCACUCGUUCCCCUACCUAUCCAAUACAGCGACUUUGCAAAGUGGCAGAAGGAUCAGUUUAUUGAGCAAGAGAAGCAGCUCGACUAUUGGAAGAAGCAACUCAAAGACUCUUCCCCAGCCAAGAUCCCCACUGACUUUGCCCGUCCUGCUCUUCUGUCUGGAGACGCAGGUUGUGUAUCUGUUACCAUCGAUGGCGAGCUCUACCAGUCUCUUAGAGCGUUUUGUAAUCAACACAACACGACGUCUUUCGUUGUUCUUCUAGCUGCCUUUCGUGCCGCGCAUUAUCGUCUCACUGCUGUCGAAGACGCUGUCAUUGGUACACCAAUUGCGAAUCGCAACCGACCCGAGUUGGAGGAUAUCAUUGGUUGCUUUGUCAAUACGCAGUGUAUGCGCAUCAACAUUGAUGAUAACGAUACCUUUGGUACUUUGGUCAAUCAAGUCAAGGCUACAACGACAGCAGCUUUCGAGAACGAGGAUGUUCCAUUUGAGCGCGUUGUGUCAGCACUACAGCCUGGAUCCAGAGAUUUGUCAAGUACGCCCCUCGCACAACUCAUUUUUGCAGUGCACUCACAGAAGGAUCUUGGCAGAUUCAGCCUUGAGGGUCUCGAGUCCCUACCUGUACCUAGCAAAGCGUACACUCGAUUCGACAUGGAGUUUCAUCUGUUCCAAGAAACUGACAGCCUCAAAGGCAGCGUCAACUUUGCCGAUGAGCUGUUCAAGAUGGAGACGGUUGAGAAUGUCGUCAGAGUAUUCUUUGAGAUUCUGAGGAAAGGACUCCAAAGCGCGCAGACGCCCGUCUCCGUACUUCCUCUGACUGAUGGAAUUGCAACCCUUGAGCAGCUGGAUGUUCUCAAUGUCAAACACGUCGAUUACCCCCGCGAAUCAAGCUUGGUCGAUGUCUUUCAGUCUCAAGUCUCUACUUUCCCCGAUAGUCUGGCCGUGGUGGACUCUUCAUUUCGAUUGACCUACAGCGAGUUGGAUCGCCAGUCUGAUGUUCUCGCUGGAUGGCUUCGUCGGCGGUCAAUGCUCCCAGAGACACUUGUCGCAGUAUUUGCACCAAGAUCCUGUGAGACAAUCGUCGCCUUCUUUGGUAUCUUGAAGGCGAAUUUGGCGUAUCUUCCUCUUGAUGUGAGGUCACCAUCCGCUAGAGUUCAGGAUAUCCUUUCUGGACUUUCUGGGCCUACCGUUGUCUUCCUUGGUCAUGACACAGAGCCUCCCGAGAUUCAAGUCCCCAAUGUCGAGUUCGUCCGCAUCCAAGACGCCCUGCAAGAGUGCAAUACAGAUGGCUUUGAAGUCCUUGAGCACAACAGCAAGAAGCCCUCAGCUACGAGUCUUGCAUACGUGCUGUAUACUUCAGGAUCGACCGGCCGACCCAAAGGCGUCAUGAUUGAGCAUCGCGUCAUCAUCCGAACCGUCACGAGUGGCUGUAUACCCAAUUAUCCAGCGGAAACGAGGAUGGCUCACAUGGCGACAAUUGCGUUUGACGGUGCAUCGUAUGAGAUUUACAGCGCCCUUUUGUUUGGAAGAACGUUAGUCUGUAUUGACUACAUGACAACGCUUGACGCCAGAGCGCUCAAGGAUGUUUUCUUCCGGGAGCACGUCAAUGCGGCGGUCAUGUCCCCAGCCCUUCUGAAGAUGUAUCUCUCCGAGUCACGCGAAGCCCUCAAGAGCCUCGAUGUCCUUCUUCUUGGUGGUGAUAGAUUUGACGGCCCGGAUGCUCUCGACGCCCAAGGUCUUAUCAAGGGUCAGUGCUACAAUGGAUACGGUCCAACUGAGAAUGGAGUCAUGAGUACGAUCUACCCGAUCGACUCGACUGAAUCGUUCAUCAAUGGAGUCCCAAUUGGACGAGCUCUCAACAACUCUGGGGCAUAUGUUAUGGAUCCUCAGCAACAGCUUGUCGGCAUCGGUGUGAUGGGAGAGCUUGUUGUCACUGGUGAUGGUCUUGCGAGGGGUUAUACAGACAAAGCCCUUGAUGAGAACCGUUUUGUGCACAUCACUAUCAAUGGCCAGACGGUGAAGGCGUAUCGCACUGGUGAUCGAGUGCGGCACAGGAUUGGAGAUGGCCUCAUCGAGUUCUUCGGACGUAUGGACACUCAGUUCAAGAUUCGUGGCAAUCGUAUCGAGUCAGCCGAGGUUGAAGCAGCCCUUCUCCGCGACUCUUCCGUCCGAGAUGCUGCUGUUGUACUUCAGCAGAACGAGGAUCAAGCGCCCGAGAUCUUUGGGUUCGUUGUCGCUGAUCAUGGUCAUUCUGAGAAUGACAAGGGCCAAUCUGCCAACCAAGUCGAAGGAUGGCAAGACCAUUUUGAGAGUGGCAUGUAUUCUGACAUUGGUGAGAUUGACCUGUCGACGAUUGGAAGCGACUUCAAGGGUUGGACAUCUAUGUAUGAUGGAAGUCAAAUUGACUUUGCUGAGAUGCAUGAGUGGCUUGGGGACACUACUCGAACACUCCACGACAAUCGCUCACCGGGCAAUGUACUUGAGAUUGGAACAGGUAGUGGAAUGAUCCUGUUCAACCUUGACAGCAGGCUUGAGAGUUAUGUCGGCCUUGAGCCAUCCAGAUCAGCGGCCGCUUUUGUCAACAAAGCGGUCGAGUCUGUACCAUCUCUUGCUGAAAAGGCCAAGGUUCACGUUGGAACAGCCACAGAUGUCGGUCAAAUCGGUAAUUUGCAUCCUGAUCUUGUGGUUCUCAACUCUGUCAUUCAGUAUUUCCCGUCGUCGGAGUACCUUGCAGAAGUCGCGGACACCUUGGUUCAUCUGCCAGACGUGAAGCGAAUUUUCUUUGGCGACGUUCGAUCGCAGGCUACCAACGAGCACUUCCUCGCCGCCAGGGCUGUUCGCACACUCGGGGAGAAUGCAACGAAGAACGAUGUUCGGCAGAAAAUGGCAGAAUUGGAGGACGUGGAGGAAGAGUUGCUUGUUGAACCUGCGUUCUUCACUUCAUUGGAAGACAAGUUUCCAGAUCUGGUAGAAAAUGUUGAGAUUCUGCCCAAGAACAUGGAAGCUGUGAAUGAGCUCAGCGCGUAUCGAUAUGCUGCCGUCGUGCACAUUCGGGGUUCAAUCAGAGAUGAGGCCAUGAUUAUGGUUGAGAAGGAUGACUGGAUCGACUUUCAAGCCAAGCAACUGGAUCAAAAGUCACUAGGUGACCUUCUGACGGCUUCAGGCGCUGCUAUUAUGGCAGUGAGUAACAUUCCUUUCAAGAUUACGGCCUUUGAGAGACAUGUCGUCGCUUCCCUCAACAGCGACAUCGAUGAGUGGCAGCUAUCAGCCAUUCGAUCCACCGCGGAGGGCUGCACAUCACUCUCAGUUCCCGAUAUCUUUCGCAUUGCUGAGGAAGCCGGGUUCCGUGUUGAGGUCAGCGCUGCACGACAGUGGUCUCAGAACGGUGCAUUGGACGCCGUCUUUCAUCAUUGUUCUUCUCAAGGGCGUACUUUGGUCAACUUCCCUACAGACCAUCACCUUCGAGGGUCUGAUCUUCUCACCAAUCGACCUCUUCAGCGAUUGCAAAACCGUCGUAUCGCUAUCGAAGUCCGCGAGAGGCUUCGGUCAUUACUUCCAUCUUACAUGAUCCCAUCAAACAUCGUUGUUCUGGACAAGAUGCCUCUCAACGCUAAUGGUAAAGUUGAUCGGAAAGAACUUUCUCGCAGGGCAAAGGUUGUUCCCAAGCAACAGACCGCGACACCAGUACCGACCUUUCCCAUCAGUGAGGUCGAAGUCAUUCUUUGCGAAGAAGCCACUGAAGUGUUUGGUAUGAAGGUUGAUAUCACUGAUCACUUCUUCAAUCUGGGUGGACACUCUCUCUUGGCCACGAAGCUCAUCUCCCGAAUCGAUCAACGACUCAAGGUUCGUGUUACGGUCAAGGAUGUCUUUGACCAUCCUGUCUUUGCGGAUCUUGCAUCAGUUGUCCGUCAAGGGCUGGGGUUGCAGCAACCCGUUUCUGAUGGUCAGGGACAAGACAAAUCUGCCCACGUGGCACCCCGUACCGAGACCGAAGCAAUGCUUUGCGAUGAGUUUGCAAAGGUUCUUGGGUUCCAGGUUGGCAUCACAGACAAUUUCUUUGAUCUUGGUGGUCAUUCGCUCAUGGCUACUAAACUCGCUGUGCGCAUCGGACAUCGACUUGAAACGACUGUCUCGGUGAAGGAUGUAUUUGACCAUCCAGUUCUCUUCCAACUUGCAAUCGCAUUGGAUAACUUGGUUCAAUCCAAAACCAACGAGAGAGUUGGGAGCAGAGAGAUGGCCGAAUACUCACCAUUCCAACUCCUAUCUACAGAGGACUCAGAGGAUUUCAUGGCCAACGAGAUCAGACCCCGACUCGAGUUGCAGGAAACCAUUCAAGAUGUCUACCCGUCUACUCAGAUGCAGAAGGCCUUCCUCUUCGAUCCCACAACUGCGCGCCCGAGGCCCUUUGUGCCGUUCUACAUCGACUUCCCCAGCACUUCCGAGCCUGAUGCUGGAUGUCUGGUCAGGGCUUGCGAGUCUCUUGUUGGCCAUCUCGACAUCUUUAGAACGGUUUUCGUAGAGGCAUCUGGGGAAUUGUAUCAAGUGGUCUUGUCCCACUUGGAUCUACCGGUCCAAGUGAUUGAGACAGAGGACAACAUCAACACGGCGACAAACGAGUUUCUCGAUGUUUUUGCGAAGGAGCCAGUUCGUCUGGGACAGCCGUUGGUUCGCUUUACCAUCCUGAAACAGACCAAGUCAAUGCGCGUGAUAAUGAGAAUAUCGCAUGCCCUGUAUGAUGGCUUGAGUCUGGAGCAUGUUGUCCGCAAGCUUCAUAUGCUCUACAACGGUAGAUCCCUUUUGCCGCCACACCAGUUCUCUCGGUACAUGCAGUAUACUGCUGAUAGUCGCGAAAGUGGACAUCAAUUCUGGCGGGAUGUGAUUCAGAAUACCCCCAUGACAAUAUUGAGUGAUGACACGAUUGUUCACGGAGACGUUGCUACUUGUAAGGCUUUGCACCUGUCAAAUAUUGUCGACAUUCCCUCACAGGUACUCCGAGGCGGCAACAACAUCAUCACUCAAGCUACGGUAUUCAACGCAGCCUGUGCGUUGGUCUUGUCGCAGGAAUCUGGCUCGAAGGAUGUUGUCUUUGGACGCAUUGUUUCAGGUCGACAAGGCCUGCCUGUUGAAUACCAGGAUAUUGUCGGGCCUUGUACCAACGCAGUUCCUGUUCGCGCUCAUAUUGAGUCGUCAGAUCACAACCAACUGCUGCACGACAUUCAGGACCAAUACCUACUCAGCUUGCCUCACGAAACAAUUGGCUUCUCUGAUCUCAAACGCAAUUGUACAGAUUGGCCAGAAGAAGUCACCAACUACUCAUGCUGUAUCACAUAUCACAACUUUGAAUACCAUCCUGAAAGUCAGUUCGAGCAGCAGAGAGUAGAGAUGGGCGUAUUGACCAAGUUUGUCAACAUUGAGAUGGAUGAGCCAUUGUAUGAUUUGGCGAUUGCGGGUGAAGUUGAACCAGAUGGGAAAGGAUUGAAGGUUACUGUGAUUGCGAAGACGCAAUUAUUCGGCAGGAAGAGAGUGGAACAUCUGUUGAAUGAAGUGUCUAGGACUUUUGAGGAUCUCAAUUCUUCUUUGUAA